AUGUUGGGGCGUGCGGCGCGGAGACGCUGCCCGCGAGGGCUGCGGCGCGGCCGGGAGGCGCUGCUGGCACUGUUGGCGUUGCUAGCACUGGCCGGGCUGGGCUCGGUGCUGCGGGCGCGGCGCGGGGCCGGGGCGGCCGAGCCUAGACUCCAGCGCUCCGGGCGGCGCGACCCGGUCCUGCCGCGGCCGCCGGUGCCCGAGGACGCUCUGGGCGCCCACGGCGAGGCAGUGCGGCUGCAGUUGCAGGGCGAGGAGCUGCGGCUGCAGGAGGAGAGCGUGCGGCUACACCAGAUCAACAUCUACCUCAGCGACCGCAUCUCGCUGCACCGCCGCCUGCCCGAGCGCUGGAACCCUCUGUGCAAAGAGAAGAAAUACAAUUAUGAUCAAUUGCCCACGACGUCUGUCGUCAUAGCGUUUUAUAAUGAAGCCUGGUCAACUCUCCUUCGGACAGUGUACAGUGUCCUCGAGACCUCCCCAGACACCCUGCUGGAAGAAGUCAUCCUUGUAGAUGACUACAGUGAUCGAGAGCACCUGAAGGAGCGCCUGGCCACGGAGCUGGCGGGGCUGCCCAAGGUCCGCCUGGUCCGCGCCAGCAAGAGGGAGGGCCUGGUGCGAGCUCGGCUGCUAGGGGCCUCCGUGGCCCAGGGCGACGUGCUGACCUUCCUGGACUGCCACUGCGAGUGCCACGAGGGCUGGCUGGAGCCGCUGCUGCAGAGGAUCCAUGAGAAGGAGUCUGCAGUGGUGUGCCCUGUGAUUGAUGUGAUUGACUGGAACACCUUCGAGUACCUGGGCAAUGCUGGGGAGCCCCAGAUCGGCGGUUUUGACUGGAGGCUGGUGUUCACGUGGCACACGGUCCCUGAAAAGGAGAGGCUCCGCAUGCGGUCCCCCAUCGAUGUCAUCAGAUCUCCAACGAUGGCUGGUGGGCUGUUUGCUGUGAGUAAGAAAUACUUUGAAUACCUGGGGUCUUAUGAUAUAGGAAUGGAAGUUUGGGGUGGAGAAAACCUCGAAUUCUCCUUUAGGAUCUGGCAGUGCGGGGGGACCCUGGAGAUACACCCGUGUUCGCACGUUGGCCACGUUUUCCCCAGGCAAGCUCCCUACUCCCGCAACAAGGCCCUGGCCAACAGUGUCCGUGCAGCUGAAGUGUGGAUGGAUGAAUUUAAAGAGCUCUACUACCAUCGCAACCCCCAGGCCCGCCUGGAGCCCUUUGGGGAUGUGACAGAGAGGAGACAGCUCCGUGCGAAGCUUGGGUGUAAGGACUUCAAGUGGUUCCUGAAUACCGUGUAUCCAGAGCUGCACGUGCCCGAGGACAGGCCUGGCUUCUUUGGGAUGCUCCGGAACAAGGGACUGAAAGGCUACUGCUUUGACUAUAACCCUCCCAACGAGCACGAGAUCACAGGACACCAGGUCAUUCUGUACGGCUGUCACGGGAUGGGCCAGAACCAGUUUUUCGAAUACACGUCCCAGAAUGAAAUACGCUACAACACCCACCAGCCAGAAGGCUGCGUGGCGGUGGAGGCAGGAACAGACGUCCUCAUCAUGCAUCUGUGUGAGAACACCACCCCAGAGGACCAGAAGUUCAUCCUUCAGGAGGGUGGCUCUUUAUUCCACGUACGGUCCAAGAAGUGUGUUCAGGCUGAGAGGAAGCACGUGAGCGACAGUUUUGUACCACUCUUACGAGACUGUACCAGCUCGGAUCAUCAGAAGUGGUUCUUCCAGGAACACGUGGAGUGA